AAAUGGUCAUCAUUGUACUCUAGGGAAUCGGACAAACAACUAGCGAACAGUAGCACUGAAGGUAAAGAGACGGGGAGAAAAGGAAUUCCAAGUAGAACCGGAAAGCGACAAUGGAGGGCGGCAGCAGCAGCGAACAACCGAAGAAGAAGAAGAGAGUAAGCAAAGACGACGUGAUUGUCAAGUUGAAGGACGACGGCGACUUCGACAAUCUCCGGCUAAAGAUCAUCCGGAAGCUCAAAGCCGAUUACACCAUCAACACUUUACCUGAUGAAGAGUUCUAUUGGCAGGAGGAAUUCCGCAGUGGCAUUAUUUCCAUUGUGAGGAAGUCAGCUGUUCUGAAUGGUGAUGGCGGUUCAAAUAUGAAGCCAAGACAGCUUUCUGAUGCUAUUUUUGAUGAGGUUGGGAAUACAAUGAUGACUAUGGUUUCAGAUAGCCUGUGGGGAAUAAUCAAAUCAGACGACAUGAGCAAUGAAAUUACCGAGACGGUACAAUCCGUGUAUGAUAAAUUGGCAGAGCCUGAAAAGAAGAUAGAAGCCUCAUUUGGUUCUCAUGAUGUAGCGUCUGUCCGAAAUGAAGCUAGUAUCAUGAAUGCAAAGCCUUGUGGUGUGGAUGAUGACUUUCCUGGUGAUGAGUCUAAUGAACCCUCAGGUUUCCUUCUGCCAGUUAAUCAUCAAAACAAUGGUAAGAUACUUGAGGAUUCAUCACCAUCGAUGUCUAGCGAAAGGCCUGUAGAAGUGGGAAAUGGACGUCCCAACCAUUCAGAGAAUUCCCUCGGGGUACAUGAUGUUGAUAUGAGCAUUCUAACUGGCUUUUCUGUGGAGAGAGAGUUGAAUCAACCAUGCGAUGAUAGUGACGAAGAUCCUGACGUGCCUCCUGGUUUUGGUUGAUGAUCAGAUCUGGUUUGUUUGCAAUUCCUACUCUGAAGGCCCUCAACUAGAAUGGUUGGUGGUGUUGAACUGUUGAUUUACCAAAUGAUUGGCUGCACACCUCUGACCUAUAAUUUUCUAGAGAGUUGCAAUUGAUUUGGCAUUGAAGAUCAUUUUCUAGGUGAUUUUGGUUGAGGCUCCUUAUGAGCUAUGAUGGUACUGAUAUCUAAUCCAUAUUUAUCUUGGUCUUAUGAGCAAGUGGGCUAAGUUGAUGAGGCUAUCAUGCUCAUUUGUUUGCUGUAUUGGUGAUAGGGGAAAUAAGAAGUCCACAUGAGAAUUAUUUAGCAAGCAUGAAAGCUGUCCUCUUCUGAAAUUUCAUUUUGUAUUUAGGUCAUGGUGCUAACAUCAUGCGAUAAUGUUGGGGGGGGGGGGGGGGGGGGUGUUACUUGAAGUAGCACAAUCUAAUGGAAGAGAAAAUGUAUAUUUGUUUGAAACACUUCGCUGAGUAUCUUUUGGUACUUUGUUGUCACAAGAGCUUAUUUAAUCAAGACAUACUGUUAUCACUUGUGAGUUCGGGUUUUGCUCCUUUGAUCUCAGCUUUCCCUGUUAAGGCAAGCAAAUUGCAAAAGGAAGGCUGAUAGCCGAACUGCACAGAGAUGGGACUUCUGACACUGUGCUUAGCAGAAACCCAUAACAGAUAUCCUUGAGCAAAUUGUUGGUGUAAUCUGGUUUCGUUGGUACGAAUGAACGUCACAGCGUAUUUCGCAUUCUGGCCCACCUUUGUGAAGUGUAACUCUGAAGGCUUCACAGCUACUCGGACCCCGAUUGGAGGAGUGAUCUUCACAUAAUAGCUUGAAUUCCCCUGACCAACAUUUGUAACUGUUCUUAUCAAUGUCUGGGAGCGCCCUAGUGUUACCGAGAGUGAAGGGUAGUUGAGCUGUCCUCCAGGGUGGAUGUCAUAGAUCAGACCGGGGUCAUCUGCCUUCAAUGGGUUAACAUGGCCAGCUCCAAUGGCAAAGAGGUCGGCAGGUUGAUCAUCUUGAUCAAUAAUUGUGGUGCCUCUCCUGCUUUGGAUAUCGGCUGUUGUCAUUAUAGCAGAUUUGAUGGCAGCAGGUGACCAGGUUGGAUGAGAGUGCUUGAGCAAUGCUGCAAUCCCACUCAGAUGAGGGCAUGACAUAGAUGUGCCAGACUCGAUAUUGAAUCUCGGGUUCUUCAUCUUGUUCGUCCCUCGGGAUGGCCAUGCUGCUAGGAUGCUCACUCCAGGCCCCAUAAUGUCUGGUUUCAGAAUUCCUCUGCACACCAUCGUUGGCCCUCUUGAUGAGAAAGAAGUUACAGCUGGAGCUGUCCUGUCUCCUAAGGUUGUUCCUUUGAAUAAAAUGGUUGCUCUUGCUUGCUUAUUUGCCUUUAUGUAAGCUUUAAUCUUCUGCCCUGCUGCAUAGCUGACAUGUGUAGCAGGAAGAACAUGAGGAUCAGCUAACGUACUGAACCCAUCCUGUUCUCCAUUUGCAAGUAUCAAUGCUGCGCCGCCAGCAUUUUUCACUUCCUUGCCUAUGUCAAGUCUAUCCACCAAACCUCUAUCACACAGAACAACUUUGCCCUUCACAUUCAUCCCUACCAAUGAUCCUUUCCCACAGAAUUCCGACAAUGGCUUCUUGUUCAUCCCUGCAUAAACAAGUGGCAACGUCGUCGAGUGAAAUUCCCUGGGUUGGAAAAGGGAUUCACCUUCAAAUGUCUUCCCAUUUGCUAGCUUUGCAGUAGCCAGAACUUUUCUGUCUAUGGUGCUUGCACCAACUGUUAAAACCCAAGGGGCUUCACUAGACAAUGUGCUAUAUCCAGGCCCAGAAUUUCCAGCUGCCAUGCUCACAAAUAUCCCCUUCUUUGCUGCUGCUAAUGCCCCCACCGUGAUACCAUCUUUAUAUAGUUGAACUCCAGGGUCUGCUCCUAGGGAGAUUGAGAUAAUAUCGACCCCAUCAUGAAUCGCUGCAUCCAUCCCUGCAAGUAUAUCACUCUCAAUACAGUUAUGUGAGCAGACUUUGUAAAUGGCUAGAUGGGCACCAGGUGCCAUUCCUGCUGCUGUACCCUUGGCAUUCCCAAACACAUUAGCAUUGCUCACAAAGCCACCAGCUGCUGUGCUUGCCGUGUGAGUGCCAUGUCCAUCUCGAUCAAUCGGUGUUUCAGGCGGCGACAUCCCUUUGCCAGUGAAGGAAGGAUGAGCGGGAGAAACUCCUGUGUCCAGCACUCCAAUUAUAAUCCCACUUCCAUAAUUGGUUCGGUUCCAUAGCCCUGGUUUUAAGUCCAGACCCAAGAAACGAGCGCUGUGGGUUGUCUGUAGAUGAAAUGUCAUCUCAGGACGUGCUGACACGAAUCCUUCUUUAAGUUCCAUGGCUGCCAAUUCUUCCUUUGUUAGCCUUGCAGAAAAUCCGCUGAUCACAUCUAUGUAUGAGUAAAGCAGACGACUUUGAUGAUGACCAUCCCCUGACCUCGAUGUGCUGACGACAGGUACAAAUGUUUGGUGCCAAGCCUUCAGAUCUUCUACCCCACCAUAAGUUGUGCCAUCUGUUUGCUUGACAUGAACAAUGUAAGUCUCCAAAUCAGUUUCAAGAUUUUCUGCUAUGUCGUGAGUCACUUGAGCAAUAAUCUGAGGAAGGAUGUUGAUCAAGAAAAUGAUAUAGAGUGAGAGGACAGACAUGGUUGUGUAACAGAGCUUGUUUUGGUCCCUCAGUUUGUUUUCAGGACUGACAUAUAAGUAUGGCAAAGAGUCAGUUGCGUACGUUCAAUGCAUGUGAUUUUUGUCCUUUUGGUAGAGUGGAUGGAGGAAUUAUUGAGGCAAUAGAGCCUUGUCCUGGUGGGAACUUCUACAGUCAUUGAUUCGACUUAUGCUGUAGAUUAAACCAGUUGCUUCAAUGCUCUUGCUGCUUUGUGAAUAUGACAAAGUAGUUAAAGAGAGUCCUGUUGUACUUUCUAGCCUUUUAACUUCUUAGGGUUGUCCGCAAGACCGCAACAACUAAGAGGUUUGGAAUCGUUGGAGGAACAUACACGGACAGGCUACAUUUUUAUUGCUUCCUAAAGAGUUUUGCAGUUGC